CUAGCAUUUGUUUAUGUCGAUGUAUACUAUACACUGCUAUGCUAUGGUGGAUUUAUUUAUUUCUAAAUGCUAUAUUGUGCUAUGUAGGAUCCUGUUUGAAAGGCUUUAUUGCGCUGUAACUACAUAGAAAUGAUCUGAGCAUUUUUUGUCGGUCGUCGAUUUCAGAUAACAUGAUUAAUAAUGUGAUUUAUGCACUAAUAUGUGCUGAAAUUAAGUUUCAUUGGUUGGUAUAUGCACCGUCAGUGCACAUAUUGUCACCCGCCUUCUGGUUCUGGUUGCUGAGAAAUUAAUUAGACUAUUAUAUGCUACCUACCUCGUGUAUAUCUCUGUUUCCAUUCAUCAAAUACAUAAAUUUAUGUAACUUUCCUGAAUUCAAAAGGGAAUUAUCCUGCUCUCCAGUGGAGCUGAGCCAAAAGCUUUGUGGUUUUCCAAGAAGUGAAAGUAAGGUUGCAUCUUCGACAGGAUGCAACAACUCAUGGUGGCUGCUGACAGUACUACCCUAAGUUAUUGGUGGAAUUGGAGGGCUGUGCUCUGUGCAACAUGGGUCUUGACGUCCAUAGUUUUAGGACUAGUUUUAAUAUGGAAAUAUGAAUCUUCAGCAGGGGACAAUUCUGAAUCCGAUGGAAGGGAUAAGUGGCAAGAGAAAUCUUGGCUUUUCUGGUUUGAUGAGGCUUGGAGACCAUGUGUGAAAGAAUUACACCCAGUUAUUUUGAUGGUUUUCCGAUUAGUUGCAUUUAUUUUACUGGCAGCAGCACUUACUGCUGAUGUCGUUGUUCAUGGUGCUGACCUGUUUUUCUAUUAUACUCAGUGGACAUUUAUGUUGGUUACCAUUUACUUUCUGUUUGGAUCACUGUUUUCUAUUUAUGGGUGCUACCUCCAUUACAAAACAACAAACAAUUUCAGUGAUUGUAUACGGAUGGAUGAGGAGCAAGGUUUGCAUAUAGCUCUCUCUGGUAAAGGAUAUCUGCACGGAGUGAAAACUGGGGACUUCCAUAGGAAACUUCUCGUUCCAAAAAGUAUUGGACUAUGUGGCUACGUCUUUCAAAUUUUCUUUCAGAUGACUGCUGGAUCGGUGAUGCUUACAGAUAUUCUGUACUGGACUGUCAUUUUCCCAUUUCUUACUAUCAAAGAUUAUGACUUGAGUUUUUUGACGGUGGUUGCACAUACACUUAAUGGUAUCCUGCUUCUCGGUGAUAUAGCAAUGAAUUGCUUGCAAUUCCCUUGGUUCCGGAUUGCUUACUUUCUCAUAUGGACUGGUAUUUAUGUCAUUUUCCAAUGGAGUGUUCAUGCCUGUGUAUCAACUUGGUGGCCAUACCCAUUUCUUGACUUAUCCUUAACAUCUGCUCCCUUGUGGUAUUUGGUGGUCGCAUUAAUGCAUUUCCCCUGCUAUGGGGUAGUUGUAUUUCUUGUUAAACUCAAAAGAAGUAUAUUGUCAAAAUGGUCCCCUCAAUCUUCCCUCAGAUGAGAUGUUAAACCCAAGCAGGAUGAUGCUGAAUUUCAGUGUCAACAUUGUACAAGAAAUUUGAGGGAUUUUGUCCACAUUUCAGCAUCAAACAAGAGUUCCACAUUACAUUUUAUAGGAGUCGGCAGAAACCAACCUUUUUAAGUUUUGGUUUACAAUGACAGAGGUGUUC